CGAGAUGGCACAUAUGAAGCGGAAGAUCAUCUGUUUUUCAGGUACGUGUGCUGAUCUGUUGAUCACUUCCUGACAAGUCCCCUUUCGAACCUUCAUCCCCACCUAAAUACCACACCCUCAAUUUUCGAACCUCACUUUCCAAGCCCCCCACUCCUGAAACACUUCCAAACCGCAAUUCUAACUACACCCCCCAGACUUCGAUGGCACAAUCUUCAUGCAAGAUACCGGACAUAUCCUCUUCGACGCGCACGGCUGUGGCUCCACACGGCGUCAGAUCCUCGACGAGCAAAUCAAAACCGGCGAACGCAGUUUCCGCGAAGUCUCCGAAGAGAUGUGGGGCUCUCUGAACGUGCCAUUCGAAGACGGAUUCGAAGUCAUGCACCAAACCCUCGAAAUCGACCCGGACUUCCAAGCCUUCCACAAUUUCUGCAUCGAGAACAAGAUCCCCUUCAACGUCAUCUCCGCUGGAUUGAAGCCGAUUCUGAGGAAGGUGCUUGAUAAGUUCUUGGGUGAGGAGGAGAGUGGACAUAUUGAGAUUGUGGCCAAUGAUGCGAUGAUCACCGAAGAUGGGAGUGAGUGGAAGCCCGUUUGGAGACACGACACGGAGUUAGGUCAUGACAAAGCUUUGAGCGUGCAAGAGGCGAGAGCCGAAGCUCACCUGAAGGCUGAAGACGGCACCAUCCCGCUCAUCGUGUUCAUCGGCGACGGCGUCUCCGAUCUCCCUGCUGCUCGCGAGGCCGACGUUCUCUUUGCACGGAGAGGACUGCGACUCGAGGAGUACUGCGUCGAGCAUAAGAUUGCAUAUAUCCCGUUCGACACGUUCGCGGAUAUCCAGCGCGAGGUUGUCAAGAUUAUGGAGGAGGAUGAGAGGAAGACGAAGGGUUUGGGCAAGCCGGCGAGAUUUAAUCCAAGAGCGAAUUUGUGGAGGAGGGUUAGCAGUCAGCAGGCGGUGCCCCUGUUGGUUGCCAGUACGCCGACUAAAGAGGAGAAGAUGUUUUUGUGGCCGAAUGCUUUUAGUGAGUUUACGCCCAAGGGGGAGAGGAUUGCAGAGACUGCCGCUGCUUGAGGGGGUUAUUACUUUCUGAGAGUGUCGUAUGUUUUAUUGAUGGUUUUGAUUGGCAUUGCCAUGGCGUUUGGGAUGGGCUUUCAAUGGCUGUCAAAACUAAGCAACAGUUCUUGUUUGGAGUUCUCGUUGGAAGGAGAAACAGACUUCUAGAAUCUAGAUCGCUUUAGAUGAGAAUGGAAGACUUAGAUGAUCGAUUGUCUGCUUCUUUGGACGUCGAUCACUGAACCUGGUGCCUCUGGAGUGCGGGGUGACUUCUUCAUCUGAACCGAGGCUUCU